AUGGCUUUCAACAAGUUUGAUGCAGAAGCUAUAUACCGGAUCCCCUUGAGUAGGUGGUGUGUUCCAGACAAGCUAUUCUGGCUGCAUAACAAAAAUGGGAGGUACUUGGUGAAAUCCGAUUAUCAUACAGCAAGGUAUUUGUGGAAUGAGCUAAAGCAGGAUGGUGAGGGGUCCAAUCCAAAGCCGGGCAGCGAAAUUUGGGCGAGAAUAUGGCAUGCUUGUCACAACAUUCUUCCAACGCUUGAAAGGCUUAGGCAGCGGAGGAUCAUUGAAAAUGCUCUGUGUCCCAUUUGCAUGCAAGCUCCUGAAACUAUUGUUCAUGCUCUAUGGGAAUGUGGUGCAGCCCAGGACGUUUGGGCUGGCUAUCCUCAACGUGCUUUGCAGAAAGGGCUGAAUGCCCAGGCCUCUAUUCUUCAGCUGGUGGAGGAGCUAAUGCAAAGGCUGUCUGAGGACGCUCUAGAAGCUUUUCUGGUGCAAUGCUGGCUGCUUUGGCAUAGGCGCAACCGGGUUGUGCAUGGUGGUCUUUUGCAGGAGCCGGGGGUUUUGAUUGAUCAGGCUAAGAGCUUGCUGGCUGAGUAUAAGAAUGCACAGGUGCUGCUUACUAUCCCCGCCCUUGCUGGUCCGUGUCUGGGGUGGCAGCCACCUGAUGGCUCAACAUACAAGUUGAACUUUGAUGCGGCGGUCUUCUCGAAUGCUUCAGCUUCUGGUGUGGGCGUGAUGAUCAGGAAUGCUGGUGGUCAGGUGAUGGCAGCCUUGUCGUCAAGAGGCCUUGCAGUCUUGGAUAGUGAUGAGGCUGAGGUCUUGGCUUGCCGUCGUGCCUUGGAGUUUGCAGUUGAAGUUGGGUUCUCAGACUUAAUUGUGGAAGGAGACAAUGCAAAUGUUAUGAGAUCCAUUGUGUCAACUUAG